GUCUAGCCAACACGUCGCAGGACAGUUUCUAUAUUUUUUCGGAAUAAAAAACAAAAGCAUCGAGAAUAAACGCAGACAAUGAAGUUAUUUAUAUGCAUGCUGUUCGUUGCCAUGGCAACUGCCUUUAACAUGGAAUGGGAAAAUUACAAAGCAGAAUACGGCAAGGUGUACAACUCAGACGAAGACGGAGUGCGUCAAAUGAUUUGGAGUCAAAACAAGAAGAACGUUGAGCUCCAUAAUAUGAAGUACAGAAAAGGAGAGAGUAGUUACACCAUGGAAAUGAACCAAUUUGGUGACAUGACAAACAAGGAAUUCACUGACAUGAUGUGCGGGUAUAAAGGGAAAAAACAGAAUUCCCCAAGAUCAUCAACAUUCCUCGCACCAAGUAAUUAUAAAGCACCUGACUCUGUUGAUUGGAGGACUAAAGGUUACGUCACUGAAGUCAAAGAUCAGGGUGCUUGUGGUUCAUGUUGGGCAUUCAGUACGACUGGUUCAAUGGAAGGACAGUCAUUUAAGAACACCGGAAAACUCGUGUCUUUCAGUGAACAGCAGCUGGUUGAUUGUUCUGGUUCCUAUGGCAACAUGGGAUGCGGGGGAGGUUUGAUGGACCAGGCAUUCGCUUACAUUGAAGAUUACGGUAUAGAACCCGAAGCUGACUACCCAUACACUGCAAAGGAUGAUCCUUGCUCUUAUGACACCAGCAAAGCGGUUGCCACAAAUACCGGUUACACUGACAUCGCUACAAUGGACGAGAAGGCUCUACAACAAGCCGUAGCGACCGUUGGACCCAUCUCCGUCGCUAUCGACGCAAGUCACUCCUCAUUCCGGUUGUACAAAUCGGGUGUUUACGAUGAGCCUGCGUGUAGCCAGACAAUGCUGGACCACGGUGUGCUGGCUGUUGGAUAUGGUACAACCGAUGACGGAAAUGACUACUGGAUCGUUAAAAACAGCUGGGGAAGCACAUGGGGUAACCAAGGUUACAUUCAUAUGUCACGUAAUAAUGACAAUCAGUGCGGCAUUGCGACGAACGCAAGUUACCCUUUGAUGUAAACAGCGCCGCCAGCGUUUGAGCGAUUGUGAAUGACCUCAUACGUUGAUACACGAAUAGAUGACUUUCCGAUUAGAACUAUACCAUACUCAUUUACUCAGUUAAAUAAUGACUGCCUGCAAUGACUGUCUGAUCAUAUUGUAAGAUUGUUUUUCAAUUAAAUAAAGUGAACUAUUGUUAUUAU